AUGUCACAACAUCAAACUACUUCUGCUUCAAAAACUACUAAGUCCACUCAAAAGGUUAGCGCUCCUUCCAUGGACAUUCACGAUGAUGAGAUUUUGGAUGUGGUUCCUCUAUCAGUUAUUCCCUGCGAAGCCCUUGAUUUAAACCAUCCCAUGGAUGCCUCAGCUUCUGCAUGCCCCAAUCAAGGAAAAUUUGUGGCAUCUAAAACGGCCAAUGCUUCCUAUUCUGAGAAGCAUGAUGUUGCAAACGAUGUGAUUUACCUAGAGGAUGAUAGGUAUGAUGAGCAAGAGGAUAACUUACUUCAUCAUUUAAAGUCAAGUGUGGUUAAGCGUAUGAAGACUCGAAAAGGAAGAUCUGUGGCUGAAAUGCUGUCAGCUAAAACAGCUAAGAAGACUAUUGGUGUUGGUCUUUCCAAAUCUUGGAGCAAGUUUGAAGUGAAGAAGAGGAAGGUUAGAGAAGUCUCUAAGUCUGGAGAAGAUGGAGUUGCCAAAUGGAAAUUUGUGCUUCAUAGAAGGGUGGUUGUGGAAAGGGAGUUAGGAAAGGAUGCUAUUGAAGUCAAGGAGGUCAUGGACCUAAUAAAGACUGCUGGGUUGAUGAAGAUUGUGGUUGGGUUCUCUCAGUGCUAUGAGGGUUUGGUUAAGGAAUUCAUUGUCAACAUUCCUGAGGAUAAUGCUGAUAAGAACAGCAAGGAAUUUUGCAAAGUAUUUGUGAGAGGUAAGUGUAUCAUAUUCUCUCCCACUGUCAUUAACAAUUUUCUGGGAAGAAGAGUUGAGGGUCCAGGUGAAUUGGAAGCUACAGACAAUGAGGCAUGUAGAGAAAUUACAGCAAGGCAGGUGAAAAGGUGGCCUAUUAAGAAGCAUCUUCCUGCUGGGAAGUUAACUGUCAAGCAUGCAAUAUUGCAUAAAAUAGGAGCUGCAAAUUGGGUGCCUACCAAUCACACUUCCAUAAUUGCUAAUACCCUUGGAAGAUUUAUUUUUCCUGUCGGAACCAAAAUGAAUUUUGACUAUGCCGUGAAGAUCCCUACUAAGAAAGCUUCUGUCGAAGCAUCACCCAGUGUUGCCAAGAAACUUUCGACAAAGGUAAGUCAAAAACCCGCAAUAGUCCAAAAGAGAAAGGGUGAAGAGGAGCAAGAAAAAGAUCAUGUUCCUAAUGAAGAAUCUGGUGACGAAUCUCCGGAGCUAAUCCCCCCUCCUCCUCAGAAGAAGAAACUUACAAAGGUCUCUUCCCAAAGAUCUAUAGUUAAAUCAACCAGGAAAGAUUCCGCAAGUACUCCCACUACUAAACUUCAGUCGAAAGACACGGAAAGUGGGAGAUCCAGCUUUAAUACUGAGAUUCCUGAGGAACAAGUGGAUGUCGAAAAAACACCUGAGAGAAUUCUGGUAGAAACAGUCCCAGAAGAAGAUAACCCCGCAAGUGAUCCAAUCAGGCAAACUGUAGCAGACUUCGACGCUACAGUGGGUGAAACUUCUGAGGAUGACUCUCCUCCUCAUCCAGGAUUAGAUGUUGCCACUCAUGGUGAUGACGCUGACAUGGAGGCUAGGGUCGAAGAUGAUCAUGAAGACGAAGCUGCCAAAGAUGGGGACGACCAGUCGAAACAUACAGAGGUUGAGCAAACCUUAGAGCGAAACAUUCCACCUGCUCCUGGCCAGACCCAAGGGAGUGGCAAAUCAACUGGUUCGACUAGCUUCUCUCGCGAGGAGCUCGAAAAUCUCAAAGUGAAAAGACCCUUAGAGUAUCUGAAGCUUUCUGAAACUUAUGUCAAAGAAGUUGCUGCUUGUGAUGACAACAUCCAAAAAUGGGAGAAACAGAUAGCAGCACUUUAA